GUAAUGUUGUCUGUUAGAUAUACCAGCCAAAACAGGCCAGAGUUUUUUCCCAACACUACUAUACCCUAUCCAUUUUAUGAUGUUCGAGGAAAGACUAUGCUUAAAUUUGGAACUGGAAUGGUUAGUAAAGUUUUAAAAUGUGACGGUAAAUCAAAAACAUGCCCACGCCAUCAAGGUGAUUCUGUAAGGUCUUGUGAAUCAUGGUGGGAAAUUGAAGUGGAAACUGCUGCGCAUGUAGUUUUUGACAAGGAUGAAGCACAAUGCACAACUUGCACGGUGGAUUUUAACUGUCGUGACAGCCCUCUUGUUACACUUGAUGCCAUUGAUGUAACGAAUUCAGAUGUGCAGCAUGAUAGCUGUCGUAUGAAAUGUGUUACGCAUGACAUGAAGUUGGGUGAAAAGCUAUUGAAGAAAUUGCAAAAAUUUAAAACUUUGCGUAGAAAGGUCAGUAACAGAUUCUAUUUGAAUGACCGAGAAAAUCUUGCCAUUAUUGUUUCACACCCUCAUGGAUGUCAUAAGCAUGUUUCAAUUGGCAGGUGGAUUACAAAAGAACACACAGAGUCUCACAGGUCUAGAUAUGUGUAUGACACACCUACCUGCACAGGGAGCAGUGGAGCUCAUGUUUACAUUCCGAGUAAAACUGUGUUCUGGUUUAGUCAUAUUCAUAAUGGCCAUCAAGAGGGUAGGGGAAAUUACUGUAGCCCUGGAUGGCUCUAAAGAUAUACAAAAUGUUGUGGUGAUUAUUCUAAAUUCAAUUGUACAUAAUAUGUAAGUGAAUUUGUUAAUUUGUUGACUGAAAAGGGUACUGAAGUAAAAUUAUAUUUUAUGAAACUAGAAAAAUGAAAGAAAUAAUUGGUCACUUUAGGCCAUAUUUCUUUUUGUUAUAAAAAAUGUUGUGUAUUUAUUUCCAUAUUUGGCUAAUUGUAAAAUAAAUUAUGAA